CGCCCAAACCAAUCCAAUUGAACAGUCAUGGCCAUCUGCAUCUCUGCAAUACUCUCUUGGAUUCCCUUCCCUUGCAUGAGCAUACCCAAUUCUCUUUAUUGUUGAUUUUUUUUUCCUCUUUUGGUGCUGGGAAUCAGGUCAUUCAUGGUCAUGGAGGAGCAGCAGCAACAGCAGGAGAAUGAAGAGCUUCACCAUCAGGUGGGCGAUGCAUCGAGGAAUAUUAUUUUCGGAAAGUACGAGAUGGGGAGGUUAUUAGGGCAAGGUACCUUCGCCAAGGUCUACUAUGGUAAGCAACUCAAAACUGGAGAGAGCGUUGCCAUUAAAGUGAUCAACAAAGAUCAGGUGAAGAAAGGUGGUCUCAUGGAGCAGAUCAAGCGAGAGAUCUCUGUUAUGCGUCUCGUUCGUCACCCAAACGUUGUAGAGCUCAAAGAAGUUAUGGCCACAAAGGGCAAGAUCUUCUUCAUCAUGGAAUACGUCCGAGGCGGUGAGCUGUUCGCGAAAGUCGCUAAAGGGAAGGUUAAAGAAGACAUCGCUCGCAAGUACUUUCAGCAAUUAAUCAGCGCUGUUGAUUACUGUCAUAGCAGAGGUGUCUCUCACCGUGAUCUCAAGCCGGAGAAUCUACUUCUUUGCGAGAACGAGAACCUCAAGGUCUCGGAUUUUGGGCUCUCUGCGUUACCGGAGCAGCUUCUUCAUGAUGGUCUGCUUCACACGCAGUGUGGAACCCCUGCUUAUGUUGCUCCAGAAGUCUUGAGGAAGAAAGGCUACGACGGAUCGAAAGCUGAUAUCUGGUCUUGCGGAGUCAUACUUUAUGUCCUCCUCGCUGGAUUCCUACCUUUCCAGGAAGAAAACAUAAUGAAGAUGUAUCGAAAGGUGUUCAAAGCAGAGUACGAGUUUCCUCCAUGGUUCUCCACCGAGGCGAAGCGGUUGAUCUCGAAGCUGUUGGUGGCCGAUCCAGACAAGAGAAUCACGAUUCCAGCGAUAAUGCAAACCCCCUGGUUCCAGAAAGGGUUUACCUACCCGAUCACGCUCUCUAUUGAAGAGCAGUCACCGGCGGAGGCAGAAGAGGGGGCGGUUUCAAAGACUUCACCGCCAUUCUUUAAUGCUUUCGAGUUUAUAUCGUCGAUGUCAUCUGGGUUUGAUUUGUCGAGCUUGUUUGAAAAAAAGAGGAAAACCGGAUCGAUAUUUACAUCCAAAUGCUCGGCCUCGGCGAUCAUGGCAAAGCUGGAAUCGGUGGCGAAAGGGUUGAAGUUUCGGAUAAUGAAGGUGAAGGAUUUCAAGGUGAAGAUGCAGGGGGUGGAGGAAGGACGUAAAGGGAAGCUAUUGGUGACGGCGGAGGUGUUCGAGGUGGCGCCUGGUGUGGCCAUUGUUGAAUUCUCAAAGUCUGCCGGAGACUCGCUUGAGUAUGCUAAGUUUUGCCAAGAAGAUGUUAGGCCUGCACUCAAAGACAUCGUUUGGAGCUGGCAAGGUGAUAAUUGCGACUGCAACAAUAAAGAUCAACAACAACAACAGCAACAGUUACAAUUAGAGCAACUGGAGAUUAACUGAAAACAAUGAAGAGA